AUGGCGACUACACCAGGCGAACCCAAGGACGGUAAAGCCUUCUAUGGGUACUUAUUUUCCAAGGCAAAACCGAUCCCUGUCCCAACGCCGGUCUUCGAUGCGUUCCUGAGAGCUGUUGCGCUACAUAUAAUAAACGAACUCGGCGACAAAAAUGAACCGCACUUGACGCCUGCUAAGUUAGCAACUUUCUACAAAACUGGUGGCCAUGACUGGGACUCGUUUUUUGUCGACAUGCCUCACUCCGGCCUCUCGGUUGUCUACCAAGGCCUAGGAUGCCAGCACGCCCUUCUUCCCAGCCCAGAUGACUUUGCCCCGCCGUCGAUUCCGGCAUUGACGGUCAAGGGAUUUGUGCACUGGCAGGCGAUUCAAACUCUGCUGGGCCCGCAGGAGCAGAUGCCAGUGUUGCAGUAUGCUGCCGCUCAUUGGGCUCUGAAGCAUCCGGACACCGGAACCCCUUUACCGGCAGAUCUCCCGAAGGACGCGUUUCCAUCCGAGGUUGAUGCCGAUACAGACCGGUGGUAUCAAGAGUGCGCCCGCAAGUCUCGCGUUGAGGCCGAUGCCGCAGAGGAACAACCAAAGGCGCCGAAGGAGACUCCGAAGCCCGAGGCUACCGACCGAAAGGUCCCUUAUUCCCACGUGCGAGUUAAACCUCAGGCUACACCACCUCGGGACUAUUUCACUUCUCGUCCGGUCAAUGUCACUUACGUUCAAGUUCCAUCUCCUCGCCCGACACCCGCCAGACUAUCUCCGGAACGGGAUCGAGUUCGGGAACAUUUUGUCCGUCACCCGGCGACCGCGACAGAGCCAGCAUCAUCUCACCGCCGGCGAAGUUUCUCCGACUACCCGGAAUCCCCGCAGAACUCACGUCCCAUUAGAAUACCCCGAGCUGUUCCUAAUCGCAAGCCACACCCCCGCCGGCACAGCCAUCCGCGAGACUACAGCAGCAGUUCCGAGUCAGACGAUGGCUCGGUUAGCCCACGUAGCACGCCGCGACGUCUCAACCGGUCGAAAGAGCCGCCUCCUAUUUCUAUCCGUCGUGUCUAUACCGGCAGCUCUGAAGACACGCCACGCGUGGUCCGGGCCACGAUGGCUUCCCCGCCGAUCCCACCGUCCCAUAUCCACACCCCUCGGCGUCCAGAAAGUGGCCGUAGCGCUACAGUUCAUGCGGACAGCAAACGUCACAGCGCCCUAUUCGAUAUCAAGGAGAAAAUCAGCAACUUCAUCAACCCAGUGAGCGUACCGAGUGCUCAGGGAAGGGCUCGCAGCGUAAGCGGGCCGCGCGGGCGCCGAGACGGUCCGGGGGGAUUGCGGAGGGACUCACGAGACGACGUGCUGCCCAACUCGAGACUCAGCCGAUCAUGGUCUGAGAUUGACACUGACGAUACCGACCUAGAGGAGGAAAGGAGGCGGUCGAGCAGGAGGAAUUCACGGGAGAUUCGGUCCUCUCAUCGUGAAAAGGAGCGAGAAAGGGACCGAGAAAGAGAGAGGGAGAGGGUUCGAGAGAGAGAUAGGGCUCGGGCGGCUCGAGAUCGGGAUCGGGAUCGGGACCGAGACCGUGAACACGAGCGAGACCGAGACAGCGAUCGUCUCCGUGACCGUGACCAUGACAAAAUCCGCAGUGACCGGGCCGUCCUGCGCGAGCGCGAACGCCCCCAUAGCGACAACGACCACCGCCGCGAGCGGCGCCGCGAGACCGACCGAGACAGAGAGCGUGGCCACGACCCCAUCAGGGACCGUAUUGUCCCGGAACCUAGCCCCGCCGCGUCCGCCGCCGCGUCCGCAUUGCACCGAGAAGCCUCGGCGGCCACGGUCCCCACCACUGUCACCUCUCCUCCUAGCAGACGGCGCGGCAACUCCGAAGAGGACCUUUCCCCGAAGCGGCCCCAAUGGAGCCGCGGUCCAUACCUCAGCACCACUCUCGACGGUGGUCCUUACCGUCGGACGAGUAGCCAUGCGGACUUGGACAGAAUUGAUGGUCGGCGACGGGAAUGGGAUCGAGCAGAUCGGGAUCGGGAGAUUGCGGCUAGGGACCGGGAGAGGGAGAGAGACCGCGACUUACGGGAGCGUGAGCGCGAUCGAGAACGGGACCGAGACCGGGAUCGAGAGCGACUCCGUGAUCGGGAUCGGGAUCGGGAACGUGAGAGAGACCGGGACAGGGACAGGGACAGGGACAGAGACAGGGAGAGAGAUCGGGAUCGGCUCCGAGAUGAUGGUUCGGAGCGGUGGAGGAGAGUAGUGGAUGAACGUGUGCCGAGAGAACGAGAUCGGGACCGGGACCGGGACCGUGAAAGGGAUAGGGAUCGUGAGAGGGUGCCCAGCCCGGCUAUGUCCGGGGCCGGGUCAUCCGUCACGGGUGUGACUGGGAGGAAAUAUCCCGAGGCUCUUCCGGCGUGGGCGGGAAGGGAUUGA